UAGCCAACCUCCUACCUAAUAAAACCCAACACAGCAAUCAAUUCUCCUCUUCUCAUUCUCUUUCUAUUUCUCUGGGCGGCGCUACCACCGGCUCCUCAGCGUCGUCACCACCGCUUUCAGCAAUUAAAAAAUAAAAAAUGAGUAGUGAAAUAGUAGAAGACGGUUACUCGGCAGAAAAGCUGUUUAACCAAGGCUAUUCGUACACCUAUGACGACGUUAUAUUUCUACCUCACUACAUCGACUUCCCAACCGACGCCGUUUCACUUUCUACUAAUCUUUCAAAAAAUGUUCCUCUCUCUAUUCCUUGUGUAUCUUCUCCUAUGGACACAGUUACUGAGUCUUACAUGGCUACCGCUAUGGCUGCUUUGGGUGGUAUUGGGAUUAUUCAUUCCAAUCUCUCUCCUUCCCACCAGGCUGAUAUGGUUAGGUCCGUUAAGUCACGCCGUGUUCCAAUUUUGUCUAAUCCUGUUUUUAUGUCACCGGAUUCUCGUAUUCUUAAUCACUUCGAAGAUGAUGCUACUCUGCCUUGUGUUUUGGUUACUGAGUCAGGUGCUGCUAACUCCAAAGUCAUAGGGUAUGUUCUAAAGUCUGAUUGGGUGGGUUUAAGUAAUAAAGAAACAAAGUUGGUAGACUAUAUGCGUACUGGUGAUUCUAAACUUUAUGUUCCGUGGAGUUAUGAGGUAGCGCAAAUUGAUGCUUAUUUAAGACAGGAGGAGCGUGAUUUUGUGCUUCUAGAGAAUGAGGGAGGAGAGGCAGUGGAUGUGAUUACAAAGGAAGAGGUGGAGAGGGUUAAAGAAUAUCCCAAGUUAGGGAAGGGGACGGUGGGGCCAGAUGGCAAGUGGAUGGUUGGGGCCUCUAUUGGGACGAGGGAAUCUGAUAAGGAGAGACUGCAGCAUUUAGUUAAAGCAGGGAUAAAUGCAGUGGUGUUGGAUAGCUCGCAAGGGAACUCUAUUUAUCAGAUUGAAAUGAUUAAUUAUAUUAAGAAGACGUAUCCGGAGUUGGAUGUUAUUGGUGGGAAUGUGGUGACUGUGAAUCAGGCCCAGAAUCUUAUCAAGACAGGUGUAGAUGGAUUAAGAGUUGGGAUGGGCUCUGGCUCUAUUUGCACCACACAGGAGGUUUGUGCAGUUGGGCGAGGACAGGCAACUGCAGUUUACAAGGUUUCAUCUAUAGCUGCACAAAGUGGUGUUCCUGUCAUUGCUGAUGGUGGCAUUUCAAACUCAGGUCAUAUUGUCAAGGCAUUAACGAUUGGGGCAUCUACUGUAAUGAUGGGAGGCUUCUUAGCUGGAAGUAUUGAAGCUCCUGGCGCUUAUAUGUAUCAGGAUGGUUGUCGGAUUAAAAGAUAUCGUGGCAUGGGCUCUCUAGAAGCAAUGACCAAAGGGAGUGAUCAAAGAUACUUGGGAGAUACAGCCAAGCUAAAGAUUGCACAAGGAGUUGUAGGAGCAGUUUCUGAUAAAGGCUCUGUUUUGCAGUUUGUACCUUACACAAUGCAAGCAGUCAAGCAAGGGUUCCAGGAUCUUGGUGCUUCCUCCCUGCAGUCUGCUCAUGAUUUAUUAAGAUCAAAAACUUUGAGGCUUGAGGUUCGGACAGGUGCUGCUCAGGUUGAAGGUGGAGUGCAUGGGCUGGUUUUUUAUGAGAAGAAAGCCUUUUAAAUUUAAAAAUCCUCGGGCAUUCUGAUUUUCUGCAUUUGAAAUCAAGGGCAUGAGUAAAAUUUAUCUUUAAGAACGGAGUCUGGCAUGGUAAUUAGCCAUCGCUGCAACUUUAGGUGGGAAAAGCCAGAAGUUAAAACCCCACAUGUUUUUUGGUGCUAUUUGAUGGACGUGAGAAUAUCCUGGAUCUUUACCAAUUUUGACAUUGAAAGAAACCAAAAGAAAGAUUAUGAAUGGCUCGGUGAUAAAAUAAAAUACAGAAUUGAAAAGAAAAAAAAAAAGAAAGAAAAUAAAACUUCCUUUGCUGGUUGCAAUUCUGUCGGUUCUAAUUUCCGUUGUAACUUUUUGUUAUUCUUUCUUGCAACUUUAUCUGAUUAGAAAACAAAGGGACAUUAUUCUAUAUUUCAUUUAGUUACUUUUGUUUUUAAUGUUAGAAAAAUGUAUUGCUAAAAGGUUAACAUUUAUUUUAGUUAUUAUUUUAAUAAUGAGAUAUUUUAAUAUAUUAUAGA